AACAGCAGCAACAACAACAACAGCAACUUCACCAACAGCAACUUCAACAACAGCAACAACACCAACACCACUAUAAUCCCUACACCAACGAUACCAACAAUUACAGCAAAAUGCAUUUAACAACCACCUCGAGCAAUUCGACGGCAUCUAAUGCCAACAACAACAACAAUAAUAACAACAACAACAAUAACACAACCAACAACAACAAUAAUAAUAACAACAACUCUAGCAGCAACAACAACAGCAGCAACAACACCAAUGGAACCAACAACAACUCCAGUAGCAGUAACAAUAACAACAACAACAACAACAGCACCGAACAAAAUACACCACCCACACCCGCCCAAUUGCUAAACGAGGCCUAUACGAAAAUGACAUCAGACAUCCUGGCGGAAAGGACACUGGGUGACUUCCUUACCGAACAUCCCGGCGAACUGAUCCGCACCAGCAGUCCGCUCUUCGUUUGCACCGUCCUCCCGCCACAUUGGCGCUCCAAUAAGACGCUACCGGUGGCCUUCAAGGUGGUCUCCCUGGGCGAUAUAAUGGACGGAACGAUGGUCACCGUGCGGGCGGGCAAUGAUGAGAAUUAUUGUGCGGAGUUGCGCAACUGUACGGCGGUGAUGAAGAACCAGGUGGCCAAGUUCAAUGACCUGCGAUUUGUUGGAAGGAGCGGAAGAGGGAAAAGCUUCACGCUAACCAUCACCGUGUCAACGAAUCCACCGCACAUAGCCACCUACAACAAGGCCAUCAAAGUGACUGUCGAUGGGCCACGCGAACCCCGCUCCAAGACAAGACAGCAGCAGCAGUUUCACUUUGCAUUUGGCCAGAGACCCUUCCACUUCUCCACGGAUCCGCUAUCCGGCUUCCGGAUGCCGCCCAUUGGCAACUGUCAGAGCGCCAGCAAUACGCACUGGGGCUAUGGAUCGGCUGCCUCGGCUUAUUCACCAUAUUUGGCCAGCAGUGGGCUCUCGUCCUGCACAACGCCCACAUCCGCCCAGUUCAACAAUCCGGCCUUGGGCUUUACCUGCUCUUCAAAUGAUCAGAGCAAUAAUCAGGACUUUGGAGGAGCCACCAAUAGGGAUUGUGUGCCAAUGCUUCCCGAUUCGACGGCCAGCGAUCUGGAUCAACACCUGAGCAGCCUAGUUGGCUCCACCAGCGGCCAGAUGACCCACCACAGCCUGUUGGGCGCCACCGGACAGACCUCAAUAUCCUCGACGGUCAACGGGGCGAGCAGUGCGGGCGCUGGCGGUGCUGCUGCCGGCGGCGGCGGAGCCGGUAAUGGCACCAGCGGUGGCGGUGGCAGUGGUGGUGCCGGAAACUCCAUUCUGGUGCCGCGAUAUCACACCAAUGCUAGCAACGAAUAUAAUGUGCACUCCAGCCAGAACGGACCGCGCAGCCUGAGCGACAGCUCUCAGGCCGAGUCGCCGGUGCAGGAGGAUCUGCUGUCCACCAAUACACCCAAUCUGGGCAGCACGGCGGCGGCCAAUGGUGGGGCGGCGAAUGCCGGCGGCGGUGGCUCGGCCACAGCUGCUGCUGCAGCGGCAGUCACUGGCUCCUCGGUGGGUGUCGGUGUUGGUAAUCCCGCCAUGCUGGGCUCCAAUCAGAAUUUCCCCGGUAUUGUCAAUCAGGCCCAGCAUGCCUCAGCCUCUGCCUAUGGUGGUGGCGCCGGGGUGGGCGUUGGCGUUGGCGUGGGCGGCGGACAUGGAAGUGCAGCGGCCGCCGCCGCCGGAUGCAAUGGCUCACUAUAUCCGGUGCUGCCAGCCAGUCUGCUUUAUUCACAGCUAUACACGGCGGCCAAUCAGUCGGCACAUGGCUUCCACUCGCACACGCUGCCCGGCCAUGCCUCCCAUUCGCCCAACUCCUCGGUGCACGGCGAGCUGCAGAGCGUGAUGGAUCACAUCAGCAACGUGGGCGUUCGCCAGCAGCACAACAUCAUGGCCGGCGGCGGGGUUACCCAUCCCGGUGACCUCACGCUGAUCGGGAAUUGCGGCGCCUCCGUACGGAAUAUCGAGGAUGGGAAUAGCAACCGGCAGGUGGCCGCUUUGGCCGCCCAUCGGGGACACCACAAUCCCACCGACAACGGGGGCAGCGUCUGGCGGCCCUAUUGA